AUGAAGCUCGUUAUUUUUGCAGCUACGCUAUACAGCGUAGUGCUUUCCAUGCCUCAUGAUAUAAAACUCGAUGGUGGCAUUGACGAGUGUGGUGCAAAGGAUGCGAGGAAGUUCAAGCUUAUUCAAACUGGAGACGAUAAGAUGGAUAUUGCCUGUGAACUGUGCCUCGACCUGGUCCUAAUUGCUGAGACGUACGCUGAAUGUGGAGAGGUCAGUGUA